AUGUCUCGUUCUACCAUUAUCGCUAGCUUUGCUAGCUCCCUCCUCGUGGCUUCAGUAGCUGCUGAUCCCUGGCCCAAGAGAGGUUUGGCUGCCAAUGACGAUAUUCCCAUCUAUGAAUUCGGUGGUUCGUGGAACGGUUACAGUUCUGAGGUAAACUGGCAGUACAAUUGGGAUAGUACUACAAGCCAGAAGCAGACCUUUGCUGAAUAUGUCCCCAUGCUUUGGGGUACGUCAAGCGACCACACCACCCAGUGGUUUGACAAUGCCUGGUACUGGCUUGACAACGGUGGUUCAGGCCAUCUUCUCGCCUUCAAUGAGCCUGAGCAAUCGGGUCAAUCCAACCUCACUCCCCAGCAGGCCGCAGACGCUUAUAUAACGUACAUGGAGCCGUUCGCUGGCCAUGCUUCACUUGGUGCCCCUGCUGUCUCUAAUGACGGCUACGAAUGGUUGUCUGAGUUUCUACAAGCAUGCAGCGGCUGUACCAUUGACUUUGUCCCGAUUCACUGGUAUAACGACGCUAGUCUAGAAUCUGAUCUUGAGAACUGGGUCAACAGCAUCUGCUCCCUGACAGGCCGCCAAGUCUGGCUCACUGAGUUCCAAGCCCUAGGCUCGAUCGAUGAACAGAGCACCUUCUUGCGUUCGGCAAUCCCCUUCCUAGACGACAACGACUGCGUCUACCGAUAUGCAUACUUUGGAACUGCGGAUAACUCCGAGGUCCUUCUAGAGAAUGGUGGCCCUUCACUUUCGCCUUUGGGUGUACAGUACACUUUUAGCGCUUAUGGAAAUGGCGACGGCCCCAACUAA